AUGGCGAAGAACGCGGCCCUCAAGAGAACCUUUAGCUCCAACCUCAACGGGCACGCCAAUGGGGCCAACGGCAAGUCCAGCGCGAGCGACUUGGCAGGCCUCGACAUGAACAACAUUGGUCCUGCCGAGCCCAAGACGAAGCCGCUGAACCUGGCCAGCGCGGCCCAUCUGUCGCCUGGCUGGCAGCAGGGCUACAACAAGCUGCUGCUGCGGUCUGAAGGUGUGCUCUUCGAGGACGGCCAGAUCCAGGUGGGCGUCCGGUCGGAGUACAGGGGUCAAAUGGCUUGUCUGAUUCUCUACUUCUCCAACAACACGCCAGCGACGAUCAACUCAUUCACGACAACACUGGAUCUGGACGAGAGCGAGAAGGGGAAGCUGACGUGGGACAUUAAGGGCAUGCCGGACAGCUCGAUCGCGCAGGGCGCCCAGUCACAGCAGGUCAUCAUGUUUGAGUCCAAGCAGGUUUUCGAGAAGAGCCCGACGAUCCGCAUCAGUUACCUCGCUGGCGCCCUGCAGGCGUUGACGCUGAAGCUGCCGGUCGCGGCGCACAAGUUUAUGGACCCUGCGGACCUGUCGGCGGAGGACUUCUUCAAGCGGUGGAAGCAGAUUGGCGGCGGCGCGCGGGAGGCGCAGCAGGUCGUCGGUCUGAACGCGGCAAGCAAGUACGCAGGCAAGGAGAUGAACCACACGUUCGUCAAGAAGACGGUCGAAGGGUUUCGAUGGCGGGUGCUCGAGGGCGUGGACCCCAAUUCCAAGAACUUUGUGGGCGCCACCCAACUACGUUACACAGGUAUGUUCCAGACACAGACUCGCAAUGGUUUUCGUGCAGAACGAUAA